CCGCUGCCGCUGCCGCCGCCUCCUAUGCCCCUCCGCCUCACCCUCCCGCGCCGCUGCCCCGCCGACCCCAAGCUCACCUCCUUCCUCUCCGCCGUCGCCUCCCUCGCCAACUCCCCCUCCUCCUCCCCCUCGCCGCCCCCUGGCGCAGUGCCCGCCGCCCCCACCCCCGCCGCCUACAACGCCCUCAUGUCCGCCUACUCCCGCGCCGGUCGCCACGACCAGGUCCUCCGCGUCUUCCGCUCCCUUCCCUUCCCGCCCACGGCACCGCUCUUCACCACCCUCAUAUCCUCCCUCAGCGCCUCCGGCCACCACCUCGCCGCCCGCGCUGCCUUCUCUUCCCUCCUCGUCUCUGGUCUCCCGCCCAGCGCCUCCGCCUACACCGCGCUGCUCAAGUCCCACGGCGCCGCCUCACUCGACUCCGUGUACCUCCUUGCCAUCUCUGGUGCAUUUCUCCGUCUGAUUCGGGGCUGCUCCCCCGACGCCGCCGCCUACAACUGCCUCAUUUCGGUGCUCUGCGACUCCCAGCGAGUAGAGGAGGCCUUGGGCGUCAUUGACCUCAUGCUAGAUAACGGCAUCCGCCCCACCGUCCGCUCCUACACUGCCAUUCUGCGCGGUUACUGUGAGCAGGGCAGGUUUCUCGACGCAGAGAGGUUAGUUGAUACCAUGGUCCAACUCGGGUGCCCGCCGGAUGUCAUCUCAUACAGCGUGCUCAUCGAGGGGCUUUGUCGUGUAGGGGAAUUCGGCAAGGUGGAAAGAAUCCUAGGGGAGAGUGAGGCGAAAGGGUGGACGCCCAAUGCUGUUACAUAUAAUAUUUACAUGUCUGCCUUGUGCAGAAUGGGUUUCUUGGAUGAGGCAUUUCGUCAAGUUGAUGUCCUGCGUAGCAGACAGCUGACCCCGACGGCUGAGACGGUGAAUAUUCUCAUUGAUUGCUUGUGCCGAGACUCAAGGUUUUCGGAAGCAGUGUGCUUGCUGGAAUUCAGUGAAGAAUUGGGCUGGAAUGUUGACGUGUUCUGCUAUAACACUCUGAUGAGUAGGCUCUGUGACAUUGGUGAUUUUGCUAGAGUCUUGAAGCUGUUGGUUGAUCUGUUAAAGAAGGGAAUUGGGCCAGAUAUGUUUAGUUUUACUAUUGCAAUCCGAGGCCUCUGUGGAGCUGGGAAAUUCCAAGCGGCAAGGUUCCUAUUGGAUAAUGAGGGAAUUGAAUAUGAUGUUGUGGCAUUCAAUACUUUGAUUCAUGGAUUCUGCAUGGUUGGGGAUCUACGUGGAGUUCUGCAAACUUGUAUGGACAUGUUCAGUAGGAAUGUUUCUCCAAAUAGCUUUACCAACGCUAUGGUAAUUGACAGUUUAUGUAAAGAGCGAGAAUUUGUUGCGGCGAUCAAUUUUCUUCUUAUAUCUUCGGGAGAUGGUUUAGUUCCUGAUCAUCUUUUUCGCCUGAAUAAUUGGUUGGUAAAAGCAAAGAGGUUGAGCGAUGUACUCUACCUGAUCAAUAAACUACGUUCUAAAGUCCGUGUACUAGAUGUUUGCAUAUUCAGUUCGUUGGUUAGGAUAUUUUGCUGGGAGGGAUACUGUAAGCACGAGAAUUUCUAUAAUGUUUCUCUUAUACUUGACAGUAUGCUAGAAAUGAGGUGAUAAUCUCUAGAUAUAGUUUUGACAUGAGAAGUUGUUAUGGAAUGUUUUCUCCGGCAAACAAUAUAAGUCAGCCACUGAUGUAACAGUAUAAUAAUCAAAAUCUUGUUUGCCGUCUGAUCCUUUCUAAGCUAUUCAACUGGCUGGCUAUUGUUAUGUUGAACUACCCAUCCUCCACCAGGUGAGGAACUGAGUUGUGGCUAGCACCAACCACUUUAUAUUACACACGGAUUCAAAGAGUAUGAGUAAGAUUAUCAAGUUCCAAAGUGUUAAGAGAGAUAAUAAAUGGACAUAAAGCUUUUUGUGCAACAAAAAUGAUGAUAAUGAGGCAUAUGACAAUGCAGUGGGUACUAUAGUCAUGGACAAUGGGUUUGAUGGACCAAUACUGCCAGAGAUCUUCAAGGAUUUUCACUGUAUGAGUUAGCAUUGUCUCAGGGGAAAACAAGUUUGGUGAUUACUGAAGUUUUUCACAUGAAUAUGCUUUGAAUCAUUGUGAUGCAAUCUAGUGGGAUAAGAGGUGCUAAAUUGAUGCUCUUUGGUGCAUGAUUGCUGACUUUUCUAUUUUUGUCCACCUUAAUAAUUUGUUAGGCUUACUGUCCUGUGUCCUUGUUUGUUUAUUGAGAAGAAACCUUCAGUUGUGGUAGGCGGUAGCUCAGUCAGCUUUGUAAUUGCUUAUAUUGAGACAUACUAUCUUUGUAGUGCUCUUAUACUUUGGAAUUUAGUUUCUAGUCAUCGGUUCUGCAACUAGUUGCUGUGUAGGUUCUUGACAACAAUCCAAUAGCUACACUUCAGAAUUAGCUCAUUAUUAUGAAGUAAGUGUCACCAGUUACUGGCCAUUUUUUAGUGUAAAAUCAUCUCAUAAUCUUGAAGUAAUUCGUUAUGAUUUGUUUGAAUUUUUAGGGUCUGGUAACACAUCUCUUUUGAUGGUACUGCAAUCCUGUUUUCGGAUGUGAUCCGAUCAAACAGCAAUUGAACUACUCAUUCUCCACUAGGUCAUUUGGUACCGAUAACAACAAAGUUCUCAUGUUGCUAUGCUUUUGGCUCUCCGAACAAGAUUAUCAAGUUCCAAAGUGUUAGAGAGAAAAAUAAAUAUACAUAAAGCUUGUCAAAUAUUCGAGAUGGGAUAUUGGAUGAAUCACAAUGUUACUUAUGUGAGAUGGAAUUGAAGAACACAUUUUCCCCUAGGGUAAUGUUGUGUAGGUAGAUACAAUGGUCAAAUUGUUUAAUGCUACUGUCAUAGUGGCCAUUUGAUAAGAGUAAAAUACAUUGGUGGUCCUAAACUUGUCCUCCUGUGUCACCUGGGUCCCUAAACUUCGAAGUUGCAGUUUCAAGUCCCUUAACUUAUUAAGUGGUUCAUGGGAGGUCCAAACCACCCCAGUCAGCAUCUCCUCGCAUAUGUGGCACACGACUGUGUGCUAGCGUUGUCUCUCUUAUCUAUCUCCCCUGCAACCACAACAAGCCAUGGGUAACCUUCUCUAGAGUGCUUCUGUGAUGCCACCAGCGAUGAACAACUUGGGAGGGAGAUUCGGUCAUGCGGUGUUUGUGAGGCGUGGAUUUGGCCGGGACCAACCAUGGAGGUGACUGGCGAGACAGGGGAACCGAAAUUUGCUAGCCAAAACCAUCUAACCACCGACCAAAACCUGCGCGCCAGAGGGAUCACAUAUCGAAAGAACUUAAGAACACCAUGAAGCAACCAAAAGGACUAGCCUUCCUGAUCAAAACCACCUAUUUGCUACCAAGAACAUUAUAUAUCUAAGCUGGGGAUGUGAGGAGCAAAUCAGAGUAGGAGGGUAUGGAUCAGGCUUGCAGUGCGUUCUUUGCCUCCUCUCCUAUUUGGUGUGGAUGGCAGCGAUGCGAAUCAGGGAAGACCAGGGGGUAGCGGUGGCUUGCCGGAUAUGGUGCAACCCUCCUCGUGACUGGUUCGGCGACGCUACACGUAGUUGCAUGAUGCGGGUGGAGCGAUGAUGAGAUGGGAAUUUGGUGGUGUUCCAGGGUUUGUGGGCACCUCCGCUAGGGUCCUUGGGCUCGCAGAGGCGUCUUGGUCGGUAUCCACGGCGACCAGAGGCGAGGGAAGCGGCUGCCUGUGCUGCUCCUCUCUCAUCGCCACCUUAAUCUUCCCGCUGUUUGCAUCUUCCGAUGUUGUGAGCAUUAUGCUACUGCGUGUAGUGUCGUUGAACCAGUCAUGAGGAGUGUUGCACCAUCUCUAGCAAGCCACCGCUGCCCCCUAGUCUUCCCCGAUUCGCAUCACUGCCAUCCACACCACAAUAGGAGAGGAGGCAAAGAAUGCAUUGCAAGCCUAAUCCAGACCCUCCUACCCUGAUUUGCACCUUAAUCUGGAGCAUGGCGUUCUCCUCCCAUGCGAGGAAGAUGAUGGGCUUGAGGAUCAGACAGGAUAGAGGCGGCACGAGUCAGAGGAGACAACAGUGGUAGGCUGAGAAGACAGAAGAGAGGUAGGAGCUUGGGAAAGGGGAAGUCCACACUGGCACAUAGUCAGCAUGCCACGUGUGUGAGGAAAUGCUGACUGGGGUGGUGGGUUUGGACCUCCGGUGAACCACUUAACAAGACCUGAAACUGUAAUUUCGGAUUUUAGGGACCUAGGUGACAUAGGGGGACAAGUUUAAGGACCACUAGUGCAUUUUACUCUUUGAUUAAAUAUAUGGUCUCUCAGCAUUUAUAACAUGACUGCUUUGAUUCUUUCAAUCUUGGAUAUCAAUAUGUGGAGUAUUGGCAUAUCAGGACGGGCACCACGGCUACAUAAUGUUCUUACAUUGCCACUUGAUCAUCUCCAUUAUCAUUUGGUGCUUGGAGUCGGCUAUUUGUGCAAUACCUGAAGGGCAGGCCCUGGCUUCUAAGGGCUGGUUGCUGUACUAUACUCAUGGACAAUAGGCGUGGCGAUGGACCAAUAUCGUCAGAGAUCUUCAAGGAUUUCCACUGUGUGAGUCAGCAAUGUCUCUUCUAAAUCAACUUCUGAAAUCAGAGGAAAACAAGUUUGGCCAUUACUGAAGUUUUUCACAUGAAUCUAUUUUGGAAGCAUUGGGAUGCGAUCUAGUGGAAUAAGAGGUGCUAAAUAGAUGCUGAUCGGUAUGUGGUUACUGAAGUUUUUUCACAUGAAUCUGUUUUGGAAGCAUUGGGAUGCGAUCUAGUGGGAUAAGAGGUGCUAAAUAGAUGCUCAUCGGUAUGUGGUUACUGAAGUUUUUUCACAUGAAUCUGUUUUGGAAGCAUUGGGAUGCGAUCUAGUGGGAUAAGAGGAUCUAAAUAGAUGCUCUUAGGGUCUGGUAACACCUCUUUUUUUUAUGGUGCUGUAGUCGUGCUUUCGGAGGUGAUCCGUGAUCAAACAGCUCAUUUACUGUUUGAAUCAUGCCUGUGUCUAUAGUAUGAUUAGGUUUGAUCUGGCCUGAGAGAUUCAACAAGGAAAACUUGGUUCUAUAGCAUCAUGGUUUAUUGUAACAUGGACCUCAUGAGAUUGGCACUGUAACUUGUAAAUUGUAAUUAGCACUGCCGGGUGCUCUAUAUAUGGAGCUCUACACGAAUAAAAAAUGGAUGUAGCUCAGAAUUGUAUGAAACUUUACAUAUACA